UGAAUAGUUUACCAAGAUUUGUCUAGUGGUGACAACGGUUAAAUUACAGCUGUUUGAGUAAAGUUUAACUAUUUGUUUUAUCAUCAAAUUAAAAAUGUCAAGGAUAGAAGUUAUAAAAGAAUCUUUAGAAAAAGCGUUAAAAGAUGAAAGCAAACCAUGGACCAAGUUCUUUGCAUUUGCUGAAGAAAAAACUGGAAUAAAUCGAUUAUAUCUAUUUAUUGAACUUAUGUUUGUCCUGGCAUUAUAUUUGUUAAUUGGAGCUGGACAACAAUUAGUAUGUAAUAUUAUUGGUUUUAUUUAUCCUGCAUAUUGCUCAAUGAAAGCUUUAGAAAGUCCCAAAAAGGAUGAUGAUACAAAAUGGCUAACUUAUUGGGUUGUAUUUGCACUCUUUACCAUCAUUGAAUUUUUUUCUGAACUUAUUGUUCAAUGGCUCCCUUUUUACUGGCUAUUAAAGUGUUUCUUUUACGUAUGGUUGAUGGCUCCAACAGAAUACAACGGUUCCCUGGUUAUUUAUCGACGUUUAGUACGACCAAAAUUUUUGCAAUAUCAUACCUCUUUGGACAAAUUCUUAUCCAGUGCUCGUGAUACUGCGAUAAAAACUACAGUAGGUGCAGUUCUUACCGAAAAAAAGGAUUAAUAAUAAACAUUUACUAUAUUUAUAUAUAUAGUAUAAUAUUUUUGUUUU